CAGACCCCAUAAUUAGUCGCCGGGGCAGUCACCAUCUGAUGAGCAAGGGAUCACCAGUGCAUAUAAGAUACGGGCACUAAAGAGUAGUCUACAACGAUCAAAUGUCUCCUUCAUCCCCAACAGAAUUCGACAUCAUCUUUGCUGGAGGUGGUGCUACAGCUUGUGUCGUUGCAGGCCGCCUAGCAGCAUGUGAUUCCUCGCUGAAGAUAUUGAUUCUGGAAGCUGGUGAACACACCCUCGACAAACCUGCUCAUGUUCAACCUUACCAGUAUCCAUUCCAUAUGGCCCCGACGAGCACGACACUUACAUUUAACUUCGGAAAUCCCUCUCCACGUCUCAACGGGCGGGGAUUGAUUGUUCCGUCUGGUCGUUCAGUCGGCGGAGGAUCAACUAUCAAUUUUGGAGCGUACACUCGUGCGCCUGCCUCCGAUUACGAUGAUUGGGCAGUCGAAGGUUGGGAAUCGAAGAAUCUAAUUCCUCUCAUGAAGAAGUUGGAGACGUACGAGGUGCAGCCUGGUCGUCCAACUCACGGGUAUACUGGACCUGUCAAGGUGUCUUCUGGCGGGCAUAAACUAGGUAUCUGCGAAGAGUUCAUCCGUGUUGGUACGACCUAUCACAAGAGGCCAUAUUCCGACGACACCAAUGAUUUAGAAACGUGCAAUACAUACAGCCCAUGGGCGAAGUAUAUUGAUGGCACCACUGGAAAGCGUUCCGACGCAGCCCACUGCUACGUCUACAACCAAGCUCAGAACCCGAACUUACAAAUCUGGGCUGGCAAGCGCGUGACGCGCGUCAUCUUCGAGGGCAAGCGUGCUGUAGGCAUCGAGUUUACCAAUGACCCUGUGUCUUGCCCAGAUGCAGACCGGUCAUUGAGUACUGUGAAAGCUUCAAAGCUUGUCGUUGUCUCUGCCGGAGCAUUCGGUUCCCCAGCCAUUCUCGAGAGGUCUGGUAUUGGUGCUGAGGCAGUGCUCAAGCGAUGCGGCAUUAAACCACUUGUUAGCCUGCCUGGUGUUGGAGAAAACUACACAGAUCACGAUGUUGUCUUGGCUCCGUACUUGGCUGCUGAUGAGGCAGUCACUAUGGAUCCCCUCUGGCGUGGGGAGGAGAGUGUUAUGAAAAAUGCUCUUGCACAAUGGACUAGCAGUGGCAAAUCACUCAUUGCUUCGAAUGGUGUUGAUGCGAAAAUCAAGUGGCGUCCUGAUGGCGACGAGCUGAAAGCCAUGGGUUCAGCCUUUGAACCGCGAUGGAACGAGUUCUUCCGGGAUCGCCCGGAUAAGUGUGUUGCAAUAUUUUCGCUGAUUGCGGGAUACAUUGGACCCCUUGUUGGUACCCUUCCUCCCCGUAAUUACAUGAUGGCUGCCUACUUUACGCUUUACCCCGCAUCUGCUGGAAGCGUGCAUAUCAAGGUGGACGAAAACGGCAAGGAAGCACUCGAUUUCACACCAGGGUUUUUGGACGAUCCAUCCGAUAUUGUACCAAUUAACUUCGCGUACAAAAAAAUGCGUGAAAUCUACCGGCGCAUGCCUUCCUACCGAGGCGAACUCGCUCAAGCCCACCCUCAAUUCCCAGAGGGAAGCGCUGCGACCUGUGGAGAAGCGUCUGGGCCAGUCGACUUAAAUGCACCUGACAUCGUCUACACUGCUGAAGAUGAUGAGGCCAUUGAAAAAUAUCACCGUGACUGUGUGCAAACGACUUGGCACUCGCUCGGUACCUGCGCCAUGAAACCACAGGCGAAACAAGGGGUCGUUGACGCUCGGCUAAACGUGUACGGAGUCACGAACCUCAAGGUUGCCGACAUGUCUGUUGUGCCAAAAAAUGUUGGCACGAACACGUAUUCGACGGCGCUCCUCAUUGGAGAGAAGGCUGCGAUGAUCAUUGCUGAAGACUUGGGUAUUAAUUUUAAUGUCUAACUCUAAACAUUGUCGGCGGAAAAUAGCCCAAGGACUCUACUAGGAAAAAUCAAAUGAUUCAGUUGACAAG